GAGAAAUAAAGAACGCAUGUGGAACUUACAUCGAUAUGUUUGUUUCCUCCUCCAUUUCGACGUUGCACUUCCUGAAAAAGUUGUCCGGAGUGAGCAUCAAUGCAGACUCGCUAUUUAAGGGCUGAACAGUCCACUCUCCCUCCGCACUACGCGGUUUGGGAAGGCACUUAAUAUGGAGGACCCUCCACGGGAACGCGCAAACGGAGGGGUAGUGUGUAGGGAUAGUGUGUAGGGGGCGGUUUGGGAUUCAGCCGAAGAGGCAUGAGCAGAGUUAGCUUCACUGCUGUGUGGACUGAGCUAUAAAACGGCUGUAUUAUAGUAUGGAUGAGAAAUAGCAGAGCGUUAAAGUAACGAUGUGUUCAGUUGAGUAUUUGAGAGAGUUGAUCAGCGACAGACUAACUGCUGCUGCUAGAGUUUGAAAAAACCAUCGUCCAGUACCAGGAGGAGAUUGAUCGUCAGCGCAGACUGCUGGAUGUCCUCUGGAAACCACACAUCCCCUUACAGCCCAUAGAGCUCCCACAGUCUUAUGUCUGUGAGAAUGAGAAGACUGUUGUUGACCAUCAGCCCCAUGACCAGGAGACAAAACUCCAUGGUGGACCAUGAGGACCCAGAGCCUCUACGGAUUAAAGACCAGCAGGAGGAACUCUGCACCAGUCAGGACCAAUCAAACCCAGAGAUUUCUCAAAUUAAAAUGGAACAGGAAGAAUUGUGCACCAGUCUGGACCAAUUAAACCCAGAGGUUUCUCAAAUUAAAAUGGAACAGGAAGAAUUGUGCACCAGUCUGGACCAAUUAAACCCAGGGUUACCACAAAUUAAAGUGGAACAGGAUGAACUCUGCACCAGUCAGGACCAAACAAACCCAGAGAUUUCUCAAAUUAAAAUGGAACAGGAAGAAUUGUGCACCAGUCUGGACCAAUUAAACCCAGGGUUACCACAAAUUAAAGUGGAACAGGAUGAACUCUGCUCCAGUCAGGAGGAAGAGUUAAUUGGAUUGAAACAGGAGACUGAUACCUUUGAGGUGACUCCUGCUGAUGAGGAAAGUGACCACAGUGAACCAAAACCAAACAGUGAUCAGCUCCUGUUUCACAUCUCUUGUGUAGCUGAGAGCCCAGAUCAGGAAGGAUGCAAGGAUGUAGACUCAGGAUCAACUAGAUGUAUUGAUCAGAGUAACAGCAGUCACAGUAAUGAUGUAGACAAUGCUCCAAUGUCAGAGAGACAGUGUGAUAAUGACAAGGCAAGAAAAUCUCUACCAUGUGAUGUCUGUGGAAAAGCUUUUAGGUAUAAAUCAAAAUUAAUCAAACAUCACAGAACCCAUACAGGUGAGAAGCCAUAUUCUUGUGGAACCUGUGGACAAAGCUUUAGUCAACGUUCCAAUUUGACUGCCCACAUGAGACAUCACACAGGUGAGAAGCCAUAUUCUUGUGGAACCUGUGGACAAAGCUUUAGUCAACGUUCCAAUUUGACUGCCCACAUGAGACAUCACACAGGUGAGAAGCCAUAUUCUUGUGAAACCUGUGGAAAAAGCUUUAGUCGACGUUUCAAUUUGACUGCCCACAUGAGAAGUCACACAGGUGAGAAGCCAUAUUCUUGUGGAACCUGUGGAAAAAGCUUCAUUCAACAGUCCUAUUUGACUACCCACAUGAGAUGUCACACAGGUGAGAAGCCGUAUGUUUGUAACACUUGUGGAAAAAGUUUUUCUGAUUCAUCAGCACAUAAUAGGCACGUGGCAGUUCACAAAAUGGGAAAGCCAUAUUCUUGUGGAACCUGUGGAAAAAGCUUUAGUCAACGUUCCAGUUUGACUGCCCACAUGAGAUGUCACACAGGUGAGAAGCCAUAUUCUUGUGGAACCUGUGAAGAAAGCUUUAGUAAACGUUCCAAUUUGACUGCCCACAUGAGACGUCACUCGGGUGAGAAGCCGUAUGUUUGUAACACUUGUGGAAAAAGUUUUUCUGAUUCAUCAGCACAUAAUAGGCACAUAGUAGUUCACAAAAUGGGAAAGCCAUUUUCUUGUGGAACCUGUGGAAGAAGCUUUAGUCAACGUUCCAAUUUGACUGUCCACAUGAGAUGUCACACAGGUGAGAAGCCAUAUUCUUGUGGAACCUGUGGAAAAAGCUUCAGUCAUCGGUCCGUUUUGACUGACCACAUAAGACAUCACACAGGUGAAAAGCCAUAUUCUUGUGGAACCUGUGGAACAAGCUUCAGUCAACGGUCCUAUUUGACUGCCCACAUGAGAUGUCACACAGAUGAGAAGCCGUACUCUUGUAAAACCUGCAGCAAAAGUUUCAGAUAUAAUCAUCGAUUAAAAAAACACAUGAGAAUCCACUGGUAGAGGUUAAAAGUAGAUGUUUUAGAUUUAAAGCACCUUUAGUCUGUGCUUCAACAACAAUUGUGAGGAAGUAUGUAAGCAAUCCUUGAUGAUUAGACCAGAUGGAGUCUGGACUGUGGUGGUGGUGGAGCAGGAAGAAGAACCAAACUGAAUGUCUGGAUGGAUACGGUAUUGGUACAGACUGCUACAUUUCUGCUAUCACGACAUCCUUCAUCAGCAGAGCAGUGAUUGGAGAUAUUGUGAAGCUGUUUGGAACAUUUUCACAUCCUGCUGAGAGAACAUGGCUGUUCAGGUGUGAACAUACUGCUGGAAUCCACUCAGCUUGAGCUCUGCUGUCUUUCAAGUAAAAGGAGGCAACGAGAUACAGAGACAUUGUGACAGUAGGACACAACAGAGUGUGUCACUGCAGCAGAGGAGAUCUGGACGUGAAAUAAAGUUGUAAUAAAACGUC